AUGGGUCCUAAACAACGUACGAGAAAUAACUCUCGGUCAACGCCUUAUGACCUAAGUAUGCCGGAAAACUGGACGACGGCUAAACUCAAACAAGAACUAUCUAAACUUGGAGUUACAGUUUCUUCUUCUUCGAAGAAAAACACCCUCAUUGCCCUGUACAAAAGGCACGCUACCAACAACAGGACUGGGGCCACCGGACACGAUCAUUCGCCCGUGACGGAGACAGAUGACCAGACACCUGGGCGGAUACGGAACUCUACCUCCCAGAAUGCACCGCGAGACAUAAACAAUCAAGAUGGCGUCUUGUCGGUCAUUUCCAAAUUCACGGACACAAUCUCAGCUCAAUUGGCGGAUUCGUUAUCCAAUAUCCGUCAGGAGAUGCAGACUAUACAAGACAGAAUUCAUUCGAUGGAAAGCCGGCCGAUUCCAGCUGCCGCAGCUGGAAGUUCAGUGCAAACAGCCAGAGACGCUAAUGUGCAACAAGUAAUACAGGGUCAACACCACUUUACAAACCGUGAGGGGUCCAGCUCUGAUAUGUACCUCACCAACGAUCAUCAGGUUGGUUCCAGAUUUACUCUACAGACGGCGAUUGCCGCUCACUCUUCGCAGACGUCCGAGAUAUCGCCGAUUCAACCAAAUAUGGGUACACAUUCAUUCGUCAGGACCCAACAUGGUUACUCUGCGGAGUCCCUGCCGUUCGUAGAGGUUUUAUCGCCAACCCUACGUCGUCACAUUGUCGAAGAUGACAAAGUUUCGCAGACUAGCACCAUGGGCGGAUCCACAGCCAACGCCAUGUCUUUCGGCAUCAAACCUACUUACACUAGGAGAGACCAAAUUAAUCAGCUAUGGGACUAUGCAGUGAGUCCUCUGACAAAGCGAACAUAUGCUGUGGCUAUUCAACAUCUACUCCGCUUUACGGCUUUGUGCGGAUUGAUGGGGUCAGCUAGCCAACUGCCGAGUUUAUCCGAGGAUAUCCUCAUAGAUUUUGUGUCCUACUGUCACUUCAGUUUAGGAUUGCGUGUUGCCACAAUUAAAUUAUACCUAUCUGGGAUCCGUUUUCAUUAUCUUAAGAGUGGUCUGAGCAAUCCGUUACUUCAGUCAGAAAGACUUGUGUGCAUAUUACGGGGUAUUAAAAAGUGUCAAAGCGGUUUAUUAAACCAAAAACGUUUUCCUAUAACUUUUGAUAUUUUAAAACGCAUGUGCAACUUAUUACAGGGGUCACUGUUUUCCCCUGAUUUAGACUUACUGCUGUUAUGCGCUUGUCAAAUGGCGUUUUUUGGUUUUUUACGUUGCGGUGAAUUCACUGCUAAUCAGUAUACUUCUAAUAAAGACGUACUCUGUAUUAAAGACAUCAUUAUGUCCAGUGAUUUUUCAGGCUAUUUUAUUAUAUUAAGAAGUUCAAAAACUGAUCCUUUCAGACAAGGUGUAAAGAUUUCUAUUUUUAAGAACAAUCUUCAUCUUGUUUGCCCAGUGAAAUCUAUGUACAAAUAUUUACAGACUAGACAGAGUCGAGGUGCUACAGGUGAUGCUCCAUUAUUUGUUGGACCAAACAAUUCGGUUCUCACCCGAGAUCACUUUAUCACGUAUCUGAGACACAUUUUGUCUGUACUUGGUAUAGAUAGUUCGAAAUACUGUGGGCAUUCUUUUCGGAUCGGAGCGGCUACUACUGCUGCAUCGGUCGGGGUGGAAGAUCAUUUAAAACAGACUUUAGGUAGGUGGUCAUCCAACUGUUACACUCGAUACAUUAGGACAUCAAAUGAUGUCAUCAAGGCGGCACAAAAUAAGAUGUGUACCAGUUAA